UUCGUGGAAAUAUAUUCGGCUCUUGGCCUGGGUUCACAGUUCUGGUAUCUGGAAUCUGUAGGCCAGUUCCGGAACAUUCGGGAGCCGAAAUGUCGUCGAGCUACACGCGCCUAUUCCGCGUCCUGUUCGUGAUCAUCUUCCUGAAGUUGUUCUUUCUUUUGGUCCUAUAUCUGCACAGUUACGAUGGUGUUACUAGAUUCCGGAGGCGCCAGCAAGUGGAUAUAUUUGAUGAGCUGCUGGUAGAUCGAAGGGAGAUGCCCUCUUUGGAGAAGCGUUUGGAAUGGAUUCGCGAAGAGAUGCCCUCGUUUCCGCUGGAAGAGCUCCUGGCCAGGGAAAAACGGGCUCUGCCCCCGGUGACCUGUGGACCUGCCCCCGAUAUGAUGAACAUUGACUUCCACAACACCUAUUGGCAGAGGGCCAUUAACGGCAACCUCACAUACUUCCUAUUUGCAGCCUACUACGAUGAAAGGGAGGCGGUGCCGGACGCGCCACUGGUUCGUCUUUUGGCCAUGGUGAACCAGCACAAGGACAAUUCCUUCAAGUACCCCGAAAUCUUCUGCCAAUUUUGGUUUGAGGGCAGGGCCAACCCGGUGAUUGUUCCCGUUUCUGAGCACAGGGUGAUGUGGCCCUUUGGUCACGCCCCCCGACGUUACUACCCAACGUUAUUGAGCUGUCCUCUGCCGGGGGAAGAGCAUCGGCAGGAGGUGCCGAAGAUGGUUUCCCUGGUGGCCAAGAAAUGCGAUAUGGCAAGGAAUCUCCUGAGGGUGGUGUACGAAGUUGACGAACCUGAAAGUACGGGUGGGCCCCUGGGGAACAUCACCACCUCCUCUUCUUCGUCGGCGUCAUCCAGUGAUCCCAAAUUUGUGGUAUGUGUAAAGGCCAUGGAUUUUCCGUAUGAAGAUAAAUCCUGGCGUUUGAUCGAGUGGUUGGAACUGAUGCGCUUGUUGGGCGCCCAGAAAGUGGUACUCUAUGAUGCCCCGAUGCAUGCGAACAUGACGCGGGUGGUCAGGGACUAUCUGAUCACUAGUCCCGGCUUUGUGGAGCUGCGUCCAAUGUCCCUGGGCAGAGGUGAACCGCAUGUUCCACCCCAUUUCCAUCACUACGCAAUGAUGGCGGAUGGUUUUAAUCGGAUCCUGAACGAGAUGAUACCGUACAACGACUGCUUCUACCGCAACAUGUACAAGUACGACUAUGUGGGUGUGUUCGAUAUCGACGAGGUGAUAAUGCCCCUCGGAAAUCACACCACCUGGCCGGAGUUGGUCAAGCUGGCCCGGAUUGUUCCGGACUACGAGAGUCGCACGCCGGCUGAUUGCACGGAAUGGGUGAGCUUCUGUUUCCGCAAUGUCUACUAUCCGAGAUAUCCGGAGCGCCCGAAGGUCUACAGAAAUCUCUCCAGCUCCUUCUAUAUGCUGCAGCAUGUGGAGCGGGUGAGGGAGCAUAGCAAUCGCGGGGCGGCAGCCAAGUGUCUGCACGACACCCGAUUUGCCAUCGGACUGCACAACCACUUCACCUUCUUCCGCACCGAGGAGGCCGCCUGUGCCGCCAAGUCGGUGCCCAUCGAGUUUGCCCAAAUGCAGCACUACCGGGAACCGGAUAUCAAGUCCCAGCUGAUCGAUCCCAUUGUGGACGCCAGUAUCUGGAGAUUCCAGCCCCAGCUGCAGGCUAGGGUGGAGGAGCGAUACCGAAGGUUGGGCUUCCUUCCCAGCGAUCAGCAACUGGCGGACACCCUGGAGAAGCGUCGCAGGCUGGAUGAACAGCAAUUGAGGGAGGCAGUGGGAAGAGCAUAAGGUUUCAGUCGUGUGAUUUUACUUAGACUAUGUCCUAUAGAUAGCCUGGCAGAUGGCAAAUGUACUAUCGUUUUCGAUAGCUAAAUUUUACUUACUCUUGCAAAUGCAGAUGCAGUUGGAAUGUAUGACUAAGAAUCCUUGAUUCAUCGUAUCUAUACCCCCAAUUCCUUUUUCGCCGACAAGAAAACCUUACG